AUGAAAUUCGGUUGUUUUAAAUUUUUACUUUUGUUUGGUGUAAUAUUAGUAACGUGUAACGCUACUAAUAGCACUAAUAGUACAAAUAGUACAGAUAGUACAGAUAACACAGUAGAUGAUGAUGAUGAAACUCGUUUCAUCAAUAAAUUCAAAACUACUACUACAACAGCAGCACCAACAACAACUCCACCACCACCUCCACCGCCACCUCCACCACCACCACCACCUCCUCCUCCACCUCCUCCACCACCACCACCACCUCCCCACUUAGAAAGUUCAGGUUUUCAGAUGAAAAGUAUAGAAUAA